GCCAUCCCGCGCUUAAGGAGGUUACGGUUGCUUCGCCGACCUCUCGAUCGACACUUCUCUUCUCGCGAAUCCGAACGAUUCUCGAUUUAAACGAAAUAUCUUCUCAUUGCUUGGCUUUCCGCACAUUCUCGCAGGCUUUGUAGAUUCCGCCCAUCAUUGCUUCAAUCCCGAUGGUCGCUGGGGUUGCGAUUUACACGGGAUAUUGUUUUUGAGGUAGCGUACCGAUUCUAGGUGCUUCGGCGAGGUUUGUUUGAUCCUUAGGGUUUUUUUUAUUCUUUGGGUUUGGAGCCAUUCUCUUUAUUCGUCAAUGCAGACGCGUUUCGAUUGAAGAGAGUUGCUGAUUGCAUUGUGAUAUUGACUUUGCUUUGGCGUUUUUUAUGGGUUUUUAACUUUUAGAAUAUUGCUUUGCCGGUUUAUUGGUUGUUCGAAUACCUUACUGUUACUUUGAAACUUAGAAGAAUUGAUUUCUUUGGUAUUUGGGUGGAUUGAGCUCGUCUGAGCUUAUUUUUGAAGUUAAAGGCAUCUUCUUUUCGGACGGUGAAUUAGAUGGCAAUCUCAAUCGGUGCUGCCGAGAUUUGAUUUUCCAGUGGCUUCUUUUAUAAAGCAGAAUCAAGAAUUUACUAUUUGCAAGAAACUACCAUCAACGUACCACGUGAUUUCAGGAUGUGGGUGGUUGAUUCCCUGAAGAAUGGUCCCAUUGAGAGGGACGUUGAGCAGGCGCUCACAGCACUGAAGAAAGGAGCAUAUCUACUUAAGUAUGGGCGUCGAGGGAAGCCAAAAUUCUGCCCAUUCAAGCUUUCUACUGACGAGAUUUCGUUGAUCUGGUAUGCUGGAAAAGACGAGAAGCAACUCGUACUUAAAUCUGUUUCAAAAAUUAUACCUGGACAACGUACCGCAAUUUUUAAAAGAUUUCCCCGGCCAAAUAAGGAAUAUCAGUCAUUUUCUUUAAUAUAUGGGGAUAGAUCUUUAGAUCUGAUAUGCAAGGACAAGGAUGAAGCUGAAGUUUGGUUUGUUGGCCUGAAGGCAUUAAUUUCUCAAGGAAAUCGUCAAAAUUGGAGAUUUGAAUCAAAAAAUGAAAGAUCUUCAACUGACACUAAUAGUCAAAGUACAGAUAGUAGAAGAGAUUCUCCCUUGAUUCAUCCACUAGUUGCCAGUGAUUCCUUGAACAAGGGUUCUAGAGGUGCUAAAAUGAACCACAUGUCAUUUGAAGAUCAUUCUAUUAUUGGUCUUGGAAAGGUGUUCUCUGAUGUUAUAUUAAAUUCUUCAUCAACAAAGUGUUCCCUAAAUUCAAAUUCAGCUAUAAAUUCUGUUGGUUCAUUCUCAUCUGGAGCUGGGGAUAUUUUAAAUUCACAGAGCUCCUCUGUUGAUGCUCUCAGAGUAAGUUUAUCUAGUGGUGUAAGUUCAUCCAGUCAUGGCUCCGGGCAUGUUGAUUUUGAUGCAUUGGGUGAUGUUUACAUUUGGGGAGAAGGUAUAGGUGGCGGGGUACUUGGUGGUGGCACACACAGGAUCGGAACUCUUUCAGAAGCUAAAUUUGAUGCUUCUUUGCCAAAAGCGCUGGAAUCAGCUGUAGUUCUUGAUGUUCACAGUAUUAGCUGCGGCAGCCAUCAUGCAGCCAUAGUAACUAAACAUGGGGAGCUCUUUAGUUGGGGAGAAGAAUCUGGAGGUAGACUUGGUCAUGGAGUUGAUGCUGAUGCUUCCUACCCAAAGCUUAUUGAUUCUCUCAAUGGCGUAAAUAUUGAACUCGUGGCAUGUGGUAAAUUUCACUCCUGUGCUGUCACUUUCUCUGGUGAUCUGUACACAUGGGGGGACAUCAGUUAUAGUUGCUGUCUUCUUGGGCAUGGAAGUGUAGCCAGUCAUUGGAUUCCAAAAAAAAUUGGCGGUCCCCUUGAAGAUCUACAUGUAUCGUCGGUAUCUUGUGGUCCAUGGCAUACAGCUGUAGUAACUUCUAUGGGUCAAUUAUUUACGUUUGGUGAUGGAACAUUUGGUGCUUUGGGACAUGGAGACCGCAGAGGCACCAAUGCUCCGAGAGAAGUUGAGGUUUUAAAGGGAAUGCGUACUGUGCAGGCAGCUUGUGGUGUCUGGCACACUGCCGCUGUUGUUGAAAUUUUGGAUGAUAAUUCAGAUUCUGGUAGCUCCUUAUCCUGCAAAAUUUUUACUUGGGGAGAUGCAGAUAAAGGUAGACUUGGACAUGGUGAUAAUGAACACAGACUUAUCCCGGCUUGUGUAACUUCUCUUUCUGAGCCAAACUUUCGUCAGGUUGUUUGUGGGAAUGACAUAACUGUUGCUCUUACUUCUACGGGAAUGAUUUUCACAAUGGGAAGUACACUUUUUGGACAGUUGGGAAAUGUUGAGGCCGAUGGAAAUAGCCCUGCUUGUGUUGCUGGAAAGAUCUGCACCAGUUUUGUUGAAGAGAUAGCUUGUGGUUCCUAUCAUGUUGCAGCUUUAACGUCGAAAACUGAAGUCUACACUUGGGGUAAGGGUGCAAAUGGCCGUUUAGGCCAUGGAGAUAAUGAUGAUCGUGUUUUACCAACGCUAGUUGAAGCUUUGAAGGACAAGCACGUUAAGAGUGUUCAGUGUGGUUCAAAUUUUACCGCUGUCAUCUGCUUGCAUAAAACAGAAUGUGGCGCUUAUCAGGCUGUAUGCUCUGGCUGUCAUCUUUCAUUUUGCUUCAGAAGAAAGCGACACAAUUGUUACAACUGCGGCUAUGUAUUCUGCAAAGCAUGCAGUAGCAAAAAGUCUGUAAGGGCAUCUAUGGCACCUAACUGUAACAAGCCAUAUCGUGUCUGUAAUGACUGCUAUGACAAGCUGAGGAGCGCUAUAGGAAAUGGCUUAGGUACAAGAGUUACCACACAUCAAAAUGGAAUGGUAUAUGAAAUGUCUAAUGAACUGGUUGAGAAGGAUGCUGUCGAUUCUAAGACUCAGGGACAGGGAUAUUUUUCCAGUCUUUCUUCCGUUCAGUCAUUCAAGGGUGGAGGCGGAAAUUCUAAGCAUGACUUUAAAUCUAGAUCAAAUAAUGGAAGGGUUCCUCCAACUCUUCAUGAAAACUAUGAAUGGGGAAGUGCUCAUUCAGUAAGCUUCUCGAAUCUUCUAUGCAUGUCUCCUAAGAAGGUUCUAUCUGCAUCUCUUCCAAAUUCAAGAGCAGCAACUACCUCAAUCUCUACAUCUUCCAAUUGGACGUACUCAUCUUAUUUGACUGUCACUCCAACUUUGACUGAUUUUGCUUCCGGUUCCCCUGAGGUGAUGGCUAAUAAUCCCAAGCUGACAAAUGACAGUCUAAGCCAAGAAGUUGUUACUUUGAAGCUAAAGUUAGAAGAGUUAACGAAAAAAUCUCAACUUCUAGAAGCAGAAUUAGAAUCAAGCAGACGGCAAUUGAAGGAAGCUACAGCAACUGCCGCAGAAGAAACUUCAAAAUGCAAGGCCGCAAAGGAAGUGAUCAAAUCUCUUACCGUUCAGUUGAAGGAUAUGGUUGGAACAAUGCCAGAAGAAUUUAAAGGAGAAAACAAUUACGGCUACAACAUUUCAAUCAUCUGAUUCUAAGCAUUCUGAUGAAAGCAAUGCAGAUGUAGACUUUUGAUCUUGGGGUCAUUGUUGACUGUAGCAGUUCAAGGUCAUGCAAUGGAACCAGGACAUCAACUGAAGAAUUAAUGGGUUAAAACGUUGAACCAAAAAUUUGAACCUGCAGUAUAUAUUGCCUUUUCCUCCCUUCUUAAUGGAGUUGAGAAGCAUCGCAAGGAAGUUUAAUUCAGGAUAUCCACCCGUUGCUACCCCUGAAAGGGAGCUUGGCAGCAUGACUAAUCCUCGGAUGACCUAGAAGAGGCACCCACCUUAGAAACCUCCUGCCCGUACUUGAUUGAGCUCCACAUAAGAGGCGCUGCCGCUCGAGAGGAAUCGAGCACGGGUUGGGAGGUUCCCAACCGUACUCACCCACCAACCAAGCUAAAAGCAACGAUGGGUAACAGCAGCAGGAAAUUAAUCAUUUUCUCCCACCUUGCUACGGAUCAUCCUGAUUGUCGCUUUCACAAAUGGAAGCUAUUGAAGUGUCUAGUUCUUUACUUGCUCAAUUCAUAAUUCCUAUACAAAGUCGGAUUAGCAGCUAGCAGGUCAUCUUGCGAUAAUAACAGUUCAGUACUUGACGAAAAUUUCUGUAAUUUUGUCUGAAGAACAAGUCCAUUGACAGCUCCACGCCAGAAUUUAACAGGAAAUCCAUAGCCUAAUGAUUGAUUCUUUCUAUGCCAUCUUCCCACCAGUAAAUUUGUGAAUUUUUCUACUUCAGCUGGCUGAUUGAAACUGCUCAUAAUUGAAAUUUUGUGGCAUAAAUGAAGAAACUAGAUACCAAAAUAUCUGGCAUAUUCCAGUGAAUGUGCCUAAAUAUCUGACGCAUUUGACUAAUCAUUAUGCUGC